AUGAUGGAAAUUAUUUAUAAAGAGUCACUGCAGAUAGAUGAAACAAUAGUCAGACGUCUUGGCUGCCUGCUAAACAACUGCUCCAUUGAAGAGAAUUUUUCUGAACUCUCUCAUUUAAUCCCUUGCCCUUUAAUUCCACACAAUAACACUGACACAAAAUUAAACGUUAAGCUCUCUUUAGAGACUGACAAAAAGCUUGUAGAUGAUUACAAUGAAAUGCUUCAUUUACUUUAUUUUGUAAAUGAAGACAGAAUCAAAUUAACUCUCUUUUCCCUAACAAUAUUUAUUAUCAUAUAAAUUUAAAUCAAUAAUUUACUUGUUAAUGCUCUUUUAUCAAAAAUAUUUAUUCUUUUUGGCCGAUGUAAGAGAAAUGCUAUUUAAGCUUCUCUGUGAAAUUUCAACAGGAAUCUCAAAUUCUCAUUUCCAAAAUUUUAUAUCAAGAUCCCAGUUAGUGCAUUAUGAACUAUUAAAAAAGUGAAACGAAAAACGAGCAAAAGAAAUUGAUGAAUUAAAAUCACAAUUAAAAGCAGCUUUUCAACAAAUAGAAAAUCUAAAAGAAAAUAAAAAUGAAGCUAGCGUAUCUUGCCAAACAGAAAGCGAAUUCAAGCUGAGCGAAAAAGGAAAUAUAGAAAAAUCCAAAGAGCUGUUUUCAUAUGUUCCAAUAGGAUUAAAUGUAUUUGUGCAACCAUCUAUUAGAACUUCAAAUUCCAGAAGAGGGUCAAUGUGCUCUACUUCCAGCUGUGUUAGCGAAAAUCAGAUUAAAAUCUCAAGAAUACCAAGAUUUAGACAAAAAGAGCUAGCAGUUCAAGUUGCGAAAUUGAAAACAAAUCAAAAUCUUGUCAAACCCAAAACUCAUCGCUAA